AUGUUCGGUCUGUUCCUAAUUUCCCAUCUCUUCCCCUCAGUUCUUUCCCAGGUUCAUAAUUUCAAAGAAAAAGAAACUAUCAAGACCAAAUUUAGAAUGAAACAACGGAGGCGCCGACCAACGAGAGGUUCGCCAAAGUCGAUGGUCUAUUGUAUUCGAUGCGAGCUGGAUAUUACUCCGUUCCAUCUUUUGAAGAAUGUUUGAGGCCCUGCGAACUUUCCACGGAGUGUGUGGUUGGUUGAACGGAAAUCAAGUGAAAAUUAGCCGUUCUUGUCCAAGUUGAAUUAGGAAAAAUCGUUUUUCAAAUUCACACCAUCUGAUUUUUCUUCGCUCUCUGGUUCUUUUUUUGACGUGAUCAUUAAAGAAAUGAAUCAAAAAAUGAGGAGAGCUCUGAUCAGAAAACUAGAGAGGCCAGACAAGCUAGACUGGAAAAAACAUACUGUUAAAUAUUAUUUUAUACGUGUUUCAGGUUUCUGAACAUACGGAUGUUUCAAACUCAGAUUAGUUAUUUGCUCUUUUUGGAAGUAGUACAUUCACUCCGAAACUCAACUUGUGACUCUUAGACGCCCAGUCAGAGCAACGCUUAGAAACGUCGGAGUGGUCCCUAGAGGCGUGAAAGAAAAAAAAAAUGCUAUAGGGGAAAGCAUAGAGUUCCCUGGGGAGCUAAAGCUAAGGUUGCCUUCUAAAGCUUUAUGGUCUAAAUCUCAAAGCUCAAGCGGUCCCUAUAGGGGUCUUUAAAUUGUUUGUUGAGAUUUGACAACUAAUAAAACGUUUUUAUUUAAUAUUGAUCGAUUAAUUUUUUAUUGAUAUAUUUUUAUUAAUAAGAACGUCAAUUCAUUGAAUUUAUUGCAUGGAAAUGCUUCUUCUCAUGGAGGUACAAAAAAAGUAUCAAUAAACGAAAAAUGCUCCUCUAAAGUGGUCAUUUUCGAAGACCCCUUCAAGGGGAGAUUUCUAGAAGAGGCCCUUCAAGGGACACUGAGGUUGCCCCUAGAGACCUUUCUACUCAUCCGAAAAACCUUGAUAAUAAAACAAUUUCAGGCCGUCAGUUUCAUGCCAUAUCCAGUUUGGUGUGCUCAGUUCAGGUACAACGACACUAUCUAUUUCCUCCCUAGCGAUAUUAACUCCGUCGCUUUUAAGGUAUUUUCAAACUCUUUUGAGAAAUUUUUCCUACAGUACCGUCCAAAAAGAAAUCAACCCUUUUGUUUUUUUGCCCUCACUCUCUUUAAAAUCAGGAAUCUCAACGUAACUUGGAUAUAUUAUAAACUCCGUUGUAUCAAACUGUCCAACAACUUUUCAAACCAAUAAAAAAAUAUAACACAAAAAAAUUAAUUUUUUUAUUAAAUUUUUUUCGAAAAAAAUCCGGUUUUUUUACUGUAAGUGCUAUGGACUCUAUGAACAUUUUAACCAUAGCCUAUGGUGAAAAGGUUCAUUUUUUUUUUUGAUUUUUCGAUAAUUCCGAAUAUUUUUCAGUUCGAAUCGAGCGAAGAAGCUUGUCCGGUAAACUUAACGUCGCUGAACGAAACAAUGGUUUAAUAUUUCUUUUUUGAAACAGGAUUUUUUGAGAAAAAAUAUUCCAGUUAUCGAUCACGUACUCCAACGACGGCGUUUCGACUUAUUACCAUCCGAAAUUAUUGAGCGACGGAACCUGGGACUUGAACUUGAAACCAGUCCCAGCUUCAACGACCAGAAAACCGAAGAAGACUAAAAGCUGA